CGUGAAAAAGUCAGAACUUACAUUUAAAUAUUUAAAAUAAAAUAUAACUAAAUACACAGUGGACAGUCCAUAUUCUAUAGUUUGUGUCCAUGUUGAUAAUUGCUUUCAAUUUCAUAAAUAUUAAUUUUCGGGCUCGCAUCAAGUGAACAACCGUUAUAUCAGCCAUAUUCUUUUUCUGCGUCUCUGUAUUCACCGAUUGUCGAAAAUUCAGAAAUUGCAUUUAAAUUAAAAUAUAACUGAGUGCAGUUACUCAAAAUACAGUGCGUAGUGCACAUUCUACAAUUUCUGUCCAUCGUGAUAUUUGCUUCCAAUUUCAUACAUAUUUUUUCGGGCUUGUGUCACGUGAACAACCGUUAUAUCGGCCAUAUUCUUUUUCUACGUCUUCUUUGUCUCUUACUUCAGAAACGUUCUCUCUGUGCAUCACGGGUAUUCGCAACCAUCAUGGAUAUAGACAUUAAUAAACUGCUGUGCACAAUUUGCGGCAUUUCUGCAAAUUUAAUGUGCCAGCGUUGCGGAGAGCCCUACUGCAACGACGUGUGCCAGCGCAAAGAUUGGCAGCGUCAUAAGUAUAUUUGCACCUUGAUGCCCGCUUUAGUGAGCAUAAGGCCCAUCAAACCAAUGGCGACUGUGGCGCACGAUAUGGCUGCUGCCCACAACGUAAUGAUUCCAAAGGAAUAUCCCAAUGAACAGUUGGCAUCUAUGGUAAGGAAAUUGUCAUUUGGAGAAUCAAGCGGAAGUCAGUGGAGUCAAGAAUGGCGUAAUUCUAUGAUGCCGUCAACAAAUGAUUUCUUCGAGUGUCGCGUCACUUGCAUGGAACCGGAAGGGCCCAUUUGGGUAAUGGAUGUGGCCAAUAUUGACAGCCUGGAGCGUCUGACCAACAACAUUGCGCGAAGCAUGCAACAGCAGAAAUCGUUCUCAAUUCACGAUCUAUCUACAGGCAUCUUGGUUGGCGCCGCUGUUGACCACAAAAUGUAUAGGGCUGAGGUGUUGAAGGUGAAUGUGUCCGCUGAAUAUGCUGACGUGCGUCUCAUAGACUACGGCACAGUGGUUUCUUGCAUGUCGCAGAACAUUUAUCGGGCAGUGCAGCGAAUGUCGCAAUACAAAGCUCAUUCAUUCCGGGUUAAACUGCCCAACAACAAGGGCGUGCAGAUCAACAAGAAUCUGACUUUGCGUUUGCUGGGUAGGAAGACAGUCGAUGGUAUAGAGCAGGCAGAACUGAAGCAGAAAUUGAUGGUUCCCCUUUGCUUACCCUUUGAAUUGAUGGCUGUGGAACCGGCAGUGAGGGUCGUAAAGAUUCUUCAGCGUAACGUAUUGCUCGAGGAACCGCAAGUAGCUUUGCUGCAACUCAAAGCAAUGAGUAAUAUAAAUGAUGAGCUAAACGCCAGCCUGAAGAAUUUGCCUGGCGAGGUAUUUAAGGAAAUCCCUUCACAGAACGCGUCGACCAUCCAUAUGGCAGCUCGCACUAAUCAAGGCUAUCGGCGUGCUCUACUGAUAGACCAUAUCGAGGAGCCUAGGUUGUUUUUGGUUUACGAGAUGGACGAGGGAUGCAUUUCUUUGACUAGCGAGGUGUGCCACAUUCCCAGUAAGUUAGUCGGCCUACCAUUGCGCGUGUUUUCCGUCACCCUCGAAGAUAACCAGGCAGGCACCUUAGAAAAUCACUUAAAGCAGUGCGGUCCGGAUCUAUCUAUUAAGUUUAACAAUGACAGCCUGAUGGGGAAGGAGAAAGACAAGCUGCGCACUGCAAGGGCAGCGCUGUACUCGAAGAAUAAGCAGGUGUGCGCGGUGCGCGCAAGGUCCUUCCUGGGCCUAAUAAACCUAAUCGGACUCAAGUAUUGGCGGCAGCCCAUUGAAAAUGACGACUUGGUGUAUAUCUCGCACAUUGUUAACUACAAGGAGGUCUGCAUUAGCUCUGUGCACUGCAAGCAAUACGGAAAUAUAUUCAAUAGCGUGGAAACCAAAUGUCUGCCAGUCGACGACUUUAAAGAGAUACGCAUUGGAGACGUUGUACUUGUUGUAUGCACCAGUCGUUGCAACUACCGGGCCGAGAUUGUUUCUUUAGACAACACUAAGUUUGGUGUUCGAAACAUCGACACUGGCUCCAUGCAUCUCGUGGUAGGCGCCAAUCUACGCAGGCCUUGUCGAUUUGUUGAGAAUCUACCUGUUAGCCACUGCCGAGUCAAAAUUAAAACCAUCUGCAACAUACCGCCAGAAGCAGUGCCGCCGAAUUCAGUUGCCCUACAGAUACUGAAGAGGCUGUAUGAAAAUAAUAUGGAAAUGCUUGUGAAAUUUGAUAUUUCCGAUAGAAAUACUGUCGAUUUGAUUGAUUUAACGGCCGAGCCGCAUUCAUUGAUGACUCGCAUGCUUCCAGUGUUGUUUACUCCUACUGCAGUCGAGCUAAACCCGGCUGAGGCCUUACCAGGUUUAUCCACUAUGGAGCAAGACCUAAUGAAAUCCUCAGCCACUUUGAAUGAGGACUUUCCUGAGGUGUCUGCAAUUGAGCGAGAGCUACUCAAAUCGUCAGUUACUCAAAAUGUUGAGGUGGCUAGUCUACCUCCGUUGCCACUUUCACCACCAACUUCACCACCGACUGACAAGAGUGAGAAUAGUGAGAAGUCCCCUAAGCAGGUCCAACGGUAUUACUUCAAUGACCUGGAACGUCGUCUCUUGCCCCUGGGCGAGAAUAUGGAAGUUAUAAUUUUAAAUGCUGUUGGAUUGGAAAACUUGGGAUACGUUACAGCUUGUUUCUUCGACAGCGAGGAGGAGGCUGAACGUCUGCAGAACUUUCUUAAUCUUGUUGCCCAGCUUGGAAGUGACGACGAUAAACUGAAGCCUGGCUUUUUACCUGAGGUUGGUGAGUUGUGUCUUACCUUGUAUUCAGAAGACAAUUCCUGGUACCGAGGUAUUUGCAAGCGGAUUACUGGGAAAAAAGCUUCUAUUUUGUAUUGUGACUUUGGAAACGUAGAACUGGUUCCCGUAGAACAGAUCAAACCAAUUUCAAGCGAACUUCUUCACUGUGUGUAUGCCACAAAAUGUUUCAUCGAUGGUUUCGAUAAGGACAAACCUUUUGUGCAUCUUGAGAAGUAUCUAGCCGAUGCAAAUAAGAUUUUGUGUGAUGUGCUCGAAGGACCGGAGCCAAACUCACGCACCCUUAAAAUUCCGAUAUUGAAUGAAAUAUUGUCGAAGGAGCUGAUUUAAACUACUCCGUAUCUAUCUUACAAACUUAUCUUAUGGAUGCUAUGGAAAAGCCUUAAUUAUGUUUAUAA